AUGGUACAACCUUUAUUUCUGUGUAAAAUCUUGAACAGAUCGGAUAUCAAGACACAGGAUCCAACAUGGAGACCCAACAGUAUGAUCCCGUUCAUCAACCAAGCACAAGAGAAUGUAAUUCAUCACUCACCAUACAGGAGACCCGUUUCCACACCUCAAUACAAGCCCCAUCCAACAGAGACCAUGAAGGCAGCGUUAUGGAUGGGCACACGGAAAAUCGAAAUCAACGAGGUUGCCAAACCGUCCAUCACGGAACCAGCCGAUGCCAUCGUGCACAUCACGCACACUACCAUCUGUGGCUCAGACCUAAACAUCUACGAGGGCGACCUAGACAGGUCCAUGCGCAAGGGGGCAAUUAUGGGACAUGAAGCUAUUGGCUUCGUCGAAGAAAUCGGCAGCGCCGUCAGUCGGUUGCAGGUAGGUGACCGCGUGAUCAUCCUACCCAUCAUCGCGUGCGGCAAAUGCCGGUACUGCGAGAAGCAGCAGUACUCACUCUGCGAUGCCACCAACUCGUCCAAGGAGAUGAACUCCAAAUACGGGCAUCGCAUAUCGGGUAUCCUCGGCUCUUCGAAUCUGAUGGGCGGCUAUUCCGGCGAUCAGGCGGAGUAUUGCCGCGUCCCCAAUGCAGACUUGACAUGCAUCAAAGCAUCAAACGAUAUUGCGCCAAAGAAACUCCUGGGUCUAGCAGAUGUCACCACGACGGCGUGGCAUGGGUGCGAACUAGCGGAGGUGGGAAAGGGGGAUAUUGUCGGCGUUUGGGGCUGUGGACCUGUGGGACUCUCGAUCCAGCGGCUUGCGAAGCUGCGCGGUGCCAGUAAGGUGUUUGCGGUGGAUAAGGAUCAGACCAGAUUACAAAUUGCCAAAAGCUUUGGCAUGGUGCCGGUUGAUGUCGCUGCGCAUCCUAAUGUAUCGGACUACAUAUUAUCUCUGCAGCCUCAUGGGCUCGACUGUGGCAUAGAAGCCAGCGGAUUCCGCAGUACCAACACUCCCAAACAUGCAGCCAUGCGGUACUUGAAAGCCGAGUCAGAUAGUGGUGACACCGUCCAUGCAGUCCUCAAAUCUACCCGGAAGGGCGGUCAUAUUGCACUUAUUGGCGACUUUUUCUGGGGUACCAAUGACUUCCCCAUCGGCAUGCUGAUGGAAAAGGGGAUUACUGUCAGAGGUGGACAGCAUUUUGCUCAAAAGGUAUCUCUACCUUUCUGUUUCCGGGCUGGAGAUCAGGCUAACGUACGUUUUUGUGCCAAGUACUAUCCACAUCUGCUCAACCUGGUUGUCGAGGGCAAAUAUGAUCCGUCGUGGAUGUUCACAUACGACGGUGAGAGUGUAGUCCAGCUAUUGUGA